UCUUUCUCCGUCACGUAGUCUCGCUUGGAGACCCGCAUUCACAAAUUGGUUGAUGAAGCAGGGUUUGAUGGACGUUGAUUAAAUUUAGAGACCCAAGCAUAGAUCGACAGUAAGAAAUCACUUGGGUACACGGAAACUUCUUAGUACUCUGUUAUACGUCAAUGGUAGACGUCUUUUCGUUUUUUUCUUUUUCUCGCUUGCGAAAAAGAGGAGUCCCUACGGAGCAGGAUUCAGAUUCUAUUUGAUUCCAUCAAUCAUUAAACUGAUUAUUCAUUGUUGGGUACAAAAUAUUUGUUUUUUUUAUAAGUUACGAAGUGGGGAUAAAGGAGGAGAAUUAGAAUGGGGUCGGUGAAGAAUGAACGAGAAAUGAACCAGAUUGAGGGGGAACCGAAGGAGGCAAUCUUGUACGUUAAUGGAGUACGGAGAGUGUUGCGUGAUGGGUUGGCUCAUAUGACUCUUCUUGAGUAUCUCAGAGAAAACAUUGGUUUGACCGGGACAAAGCUUGGCUGCGGCGAAGGUGGCUGUGGAGCUUGUACAGUGAUGGUUUCUCAUUAUGAUCAAGUAAAGAAGAAAUGUGUGCACUAUGCUGUCAAUGCUUGCUUGGCUCCUUUGUAUUCUGUUGAAGGAAUGCAUGUAAUUACAGUGGAGGGAGUUGGAAACCGAAAGCGUGGCUUGCAUCCAAUUCAAGAAUCAUUGGCACGUGCUCAUGGUUCUCAAUGUGGCUUUUGUACUCCUGGAUUUAUCAUGUCAGUAUUGUUGGAUGGGCAAGUUGGUUUUUUGGGUUUGUGUUCUUGGAAAGGAGCUGGGCUAAAGAUGAAGGCUACUUGA